CGGCGGCGGCGGCGGCGGCGGCGGCGGCGACGGCGACAGCGACGGCGAAUUCCCAGACUGGUCCGGCCCAGCCUUCUUAGCGCGUUCGGCCCGGUCUACGCAGACGGCUAGCACACCACCCUGGGCCCGGAGCCCAACACGCGGCCCUGCCCCGCGCGGCCCCGGAGCGCGCGCGCCCCUCCCCGCCCGGCCUCGGCCCGCCCGGGCCCGCAGUGUGCUGGGGAUGGGUGUCUUCCAGGGUCCUGACUGCUGCUCCUUGUCUCCCAGAGUGCCUGCUCACUGUGCCCCCGGGUUAUGACGACCCCCAAUAAAGGAAACAAGGCCUUGAAGGUGAAGCGGGAGCCAGGGGAGAAUGGCACCAGCCUGACAGACGAGGAGCUGGUGACCAUGUCUGUGCGGGAGUUGAACCAGCACCUGCGGGGCCUGUCCAAGGAGGAGAUUAUUCAGCUGAAGCAGCGGCGCCGUACACUCAAGAACCGGGGCUACGCUGCCAGCUGCCGGGUGAAGCGGGUGACGCAGAAGGAGGAGCUGGAGAAGCAGAAGGCAGAGCUGCAGCAGGAGGUAGAGAAGCUGGCCUCUGAGAACGCCAGCAUGAAGCUGGAGCUGGAUGCCCUGCGUUCCAAGUACGAGGCCCUGCAGAACUUUGCCAGGACUGUGGCCCGUAGUCCUGUGGCACCUGCCCGGGGCCCCCUUGCUGCCAGCCUGGGGCCCCUUGUGCCUGGCAAGGUGGCUGCCACCAGUGUCAUCACAAUAGUCAAGUCCAAGGCAGAUGCCCGAUCGUAGGGACACGCUCGCCCAGGCGGAUCAGCGAGGGGCCAAUGGGCAGGUGGCGGAUUCAGUAGCCUUGUCCCUUCCUCCCUCGGUCCCUUCUCUCCCUCUACCCCUUCUCACCUCCCCCCUUCCCUGCAAAGCACAACCUGCACCCCCGGGGCGCCGGGCUGAGCCCCUUUUUGAUCUCGUUGUUGUCAUCCUGUGUUUUGUACCCUGGGAUUGGUCAGUUCGGUGGUGAUGUUGGGUCACCCCAGGCCCCCUUUCCUUGUACCAAAACCCUGCAGUCUUGGAGUCCAGAGUUGGUCCUGUGGGGAUGGACAGAGAGAAAGCACGCCUGGGCUCACACUGCUCUCCUGGGCAGAGAGGUGCCUCAGCAGAAGGGCUGCUCCCAAUUCUGAGGGCCCUGCUGGCUGCCUGGAGGGAAGGUGAUCCAGGGGCUUUUGCUCAGUUGGCCCAGUGGGCAGCCCAGCACUGGCCGGGGAGCCCUGGGUAGGAGUGGGCAGCGUGCCGCUGGGGGCCUGGGUACCCACCCCAAUGCACUGCACUGAACAAGACCAAAUCACUGGUUGUGAGAGUCCGUGAAGGGUGUGUCCAGUGUGUCCUGCGAUGGGUCCCGUGUCACUGUUUACAUGACCUAUUUGUGUGGUUACAUAGCCCUUUAUUUAACAGAGAGAAGUUCCUUUUAUGAAGUUAUUAAAUUAUAUGUUUAAAAAGUUAAAAAAAAAAAAAGCUGCAGAGUAUUUAUAAAAACUGUCUUUAAAAAAAAAAAAAAAAGACCAUUUGGCCAUGUAAAUGGAAAAGGGAAAAGAGUAUAAUAGAAACUUUGCUAGUUUAAAGAAAAAGACAAAAAAAAAAAAAAAAAAAAAAGUCCCUUCUUGUAAACCUAUGGACAAGUCUUUGUGGCUGUUGGAGUUUAGUUUUUAUAUACACAGAGUUAUCAAACGUUAUUUAUAAAAACUUAGUUUAAAAAAAGACAAAAAAAAAUGCCAAGCCGCUAGCUGACCAGAAGGCACGUCCAGUCCCGACGUCCUCUUUGCUAUCUCUUUGCAAUUGUACCGAAAGUGACUUAACUCCCAUGCCCUCCCUGCUUCCGUCUCUUGCCGGUCCGUGGUGUCCAGUGCCUGGUGGGUCUUGUGCAGCGUCACGUGCUGGUGCUUCUGGUGACCUUUGACCUGUGGGUGUCAUUUCUUGUGUCUGUCUUGCUGUGUGUGUUUUCUUUUGGAUUUGGUUAUGUUUUUUUGUUUUGUUUUGUUUUACUUCUGACUUGCUGGAUCUGGGUUUGGGAUGCCUGCCAGUUUUGGGCCGCUUUUGCUUGGGUGCCUACCCAGGUUCCUUCUCCCUGGGGCCAGGUGCAGGGCUCUGCCAUACCCCCCUCUCUGGCUUCACAUGUGCGUCUCAGGCUUGGACUGAUCCAGUGGCAGGGCGUCUGGGAACUGUAAUCUUGGGGAGCACCCAAGCUGCUUCCAGGACCACCCCUUUUGGCCCUGGGUGGUGACUUUGCAGGGACCAAGGGGUCACUGUGGGUGCCUGCAGGCAUAGCCACACUGCCCCGGUGUCUUCCUUCUGACUUCCAGUCUGCUGGCUAGAGCCCCAGCAGCUUCAGCUUUGUUCUGGAGGCUUUAUGGAUCUCAGCUGGAAGGGCAGGGGGGUGGCUGUAGGUCUUCACAGCAGGGUUGUAAACCCCACAAGCUUACUGGGCAGAACCUGGUGUUUGGGGUGUACCCUUAUUGUGUCACUCCAAUAGCAUGUGGGACAGGUCCCUGCCAGUGCAGGCCAAGGGCUGUAGUCUCCAUGGCAGGACUGCUCUGUCUGCUCUAUCUCCUCUGAACAUGCCAGCAGCUCUGGGGUUUGGCUCUUCCCUGCCUCCCUUUAGGAUCUGUGUCUUCCAGGAAUCAGCUCCUCCUCAGCUUCUGGAGGUGCUUCUUUGGGCAACUGCUCUCCUGGGCUCGUCUCAGGAAGCUCCACACAGGCACAGGACUGGGGGCUGCCCAUGGUGCCCACACCUCAGAGGCUUCCCUUCCCUGCUCCACCCCACCCCCAGUGGCUGGCUUUUCUGGGGGCCCUGAGCCCCUUAAAGCACAGAAGUAUAGACCAGUGGGCAAAAAUAGCCUGGGCAAGGGUUCACCAUGUGGGUGACAGGGUAUUCAGCACAGGGUUUGACCCAGUUUUUGACUGUGUGCUGGGAACAGGCUUGCUAGCCUUCCCACCCUAGCCGUGAGAGACUGGGUUAUAUCUGGGCUGGCCUACAGUGCAGAUCUACCAGAACAUUUAGUGGUAUCCACCCCCACCUUUCUGCAGUCUCGAUUUUGGCUGUCUGGGGUCCAGAAAGUUGUCAUUGUUGGGUGUCACAGCAGUGAGUUGAAGUCACAUUGAGAGUCCCUCGGAAGUGUCAUACCUAUCUGUCUUAGAGGAUGAGGAACAGGUCCUCCAUGGUCAGCAGGGUUUGUACCCCUGUCCCUUCUGAAAGGUGAUCAUCCAUCACUGUGAACCUCCACCAUGCUGGAGAUAUGACAAUAGAUAGAAGGGUAGGAGAGGAAGUCUAGAGAAGGGGCAAUGGGUGGACAAGAAGUUGUAAGUACUUGGUGUGGGUUCCAGAUGCUCUGGAGUCAGUAGGGCCAUGCUACUUUCUAAACUUGUUGAGUCUAGAGAAGCUUUUUCUGGGGUCUGGGAGAACCUUGUUCCCAGAAAGCUGGUCUACAGGGCCCCUAUACCCCCUUUCCUUUCCUUCACCAGAGUUUUAACAGUAGAUCCUAUGUUCCCAUGUGACCAGUUGGUGUCUUUCUGAUUCUUGUUAGUUCAAUUCUCUUGCCAAGAGGGUGUUGUGUAUUCUUUCUUUCCUCAACUUUUCUGACACAGUGAGCUGAGGGCUUUGGCUGAGGCUGAGUCCCCCCAAAUUUGUCUGCUAAGUAAACCAUAUGCAAACCUCUCAUCCCACUUCACCCUGUCCAGCUGUUCCCAGUCCCACAGGGACACUCAGAUCUCAGAGAACCCUGCCCAGAGUAUGGCCCCAAGAAAGCCUCUCAGCCCUGGUUGCUACUCCUGGUGGCACUCCAUUUGCAUAGGUGAGAAGAUGGCAAUCCUCUGGUGUGCUGGUACCCACUGGGUGCCAAGUCUCCCCAGGAGACCUUUCUGUCCAGUGUCCACAGCGCCUGGGCCUGCAGCUCUCUGAAGCAGAACCCUCCGUUGGGACAGGUGGUCAAGCCCCGUCCCUGUCCCUGCUGCCUCCCUUCCUGGGGUGGCCACUUGGAUCCUGCCCACAACUAGGGAACCCAAGCCACAGCUGCAGUGCCACUUCCGCUCUGGGAUCCUGUAUGUUACUUUUUUAGGCUGUGGUUUGGUGGAAGGAACCAACACAUUAACGAUCUCUCCCCAGAAGCCAAUGAAUAAUUCAUUUGGACCCUUUUCCCCCCUUCCUGUUAAAUGGCUAGUUUUGGAGCAGGUGAGGAAGGAGAGUUGAGUCACACACACAAACCUGGUGCCCCAUGGCCUAUACGUCUUGGGGCAGUGACACGCAUUUCCACUCCACCAUGGAGCAGCCGCCAUGGUCUGAACUGCUGCCAUGGUCUGAGCUUCAGUGCAGGCAGGGGAACUGUGAACUGAGAUUGCUCUUGCCUGAAAGACCCAAUCUGGGCCCCUUCUGCAACCUCGUGUCUGGUCUUGCCCUCCCCAACCCCUCAACCUGCUAGUUCCUGAAGCCUUUAACCAAAUGGCGUGGGUGCAGAAAGUCUUCUACAAAAAAAAAAAAAAAAAAAAAAAGCCUUCUACAGGGGCAACAGGACAAGGGCUGCCGCUCUCCUGGCGUUGAGGCUAGGUCCCUGCAGAGCUCAUCAGACCUUUCCGGGGGGUGGCGAUACCCUGGGAUUUGUUGGGGUGAGUGGGGCUUAUCAAAGAUGGCAGCGAGACAUGUCAGCCUGGGCCACCCCACCUGACCAGGCAGGAGUCUGACCUAGUGGGGCGAGGCUGGGGGCCCACUGCUGCCCUGUGCAGUAUUUAUUACUAAGUUAUUGUCCAGGAGGGGCGGCACUGGGCCGAACCCCAGGUAUUUAUUGCUGUAUAUAGUGUAUGUUUGUGAUAUAUAAGGUUUUCUUUAUUUUGUAUAUGAUCAAUAAACACCUUUUAAAGAGA